UUCCCAACUCAACACAGAAACACAAACUCUGUAUCUUUCUCCGGCGUAAAAUAUAAUUCCUUUCUCUCAAUGGGAGACCACAAUCAGCCAUUCCUCUCGGUCUCCGGCGACCCAGAAUGCGCUCCGGUACACGACGACAACGUCGUUGAUGACGCCCUCCACCGGCCGCAGGGAUCCAGCCAGAGUAAGCUGCUUCUCGCCGUUUUCUCCGGAAUUUUCGUGGUCUGCUUGAUCCUCGCCGGAGGCUACGAUAAAUCCGGCGUCGUUAAGAUCCACCAAUUGGAAGGCGGAGAUGAGAUGGGUGUUGGCCCAAUAGAGAUGCCAGCUGGAAGUGCGACAAUUAGGCCCUCUGUUUCCCGAGGGAAAUCGGCCGGCGUGUCGGAGAAGCCUAACUUAUCACCGCAGCAAUUGCUCGGCGGCGGGGAAGGAAGCGGCGACGGGCUGUCGGAGGACUUCCCGUGGAACAACAGUAUGCUGUCCUGGCAAAGGACGGCGGUCCACUUCCAGCCGGAGAAGAAUUGGAUGAACGAUCCCAACGGUCCACUCUUCUACAAAGGAUGGUACCACUUCUUCUACCAAUACAACCCGAACGGCGCCGUUUGGGGCGACAUUGUGUGGAGUCACGCGGUUUCCCGCGACCUGAUCCACUGGCUCUACCUCCCAUUGGCCAUGGUGGCGGCAGGGGCGGACCCAGGGUGAUUUAGGGGUGUCCCCGUACACCCCUAAAUUUUGAGAAAACGAUUAUCCAACCCCCAGUGGUAAUUUAUGUAUGGACAAAAAAAAUAUAAUUGAUAGUGAGGGACACCCCUUAAAUUUGAAAAAAUGAUUAUCCUACUGUCAUAUAGGAAUAUAAGUGGUAGGUUGGAUAAUUCAAAUCUAGAAUACUAUUAUCAUUAAUAAACUUAAUUUCCGUUGAGCUAACUCAUUUGUUGUUCGAUUUUGAAUAAUGUGUAAUAGUAAAAUGGCAUUCCCUAU